UCUUGAAAUAUCAAUGCAAAUAUAAACCAAAAUUACUAUACCAACUCCUUAUGAACACAAUGGUUACUUGUCAAGUAGAGAGCUCUACUUACGGCUCUCCCUCUGAAUCUGCCGAUAAACCAUCUCUAUCAUUAGAGGACACUCUUUGGUUCAAGUCAUAACAUCUCAACCCGAGUAAUGCUGUAAAACGUCAAUAAACUGAAAUUUAGACAUUAAAGCUAGUAAAACAGAAGGAGUCUACGGUUUACAACAGAACUAACGACCUGGUUUGCUACCAGGGAGUAGUGAUGGGUUAAAGUUUGUUUGUUUUCACUUUAUACUUAAACAAAACUAAAAAAACAGAGAUACACAUGUUGUAAAAAAGUUUUUGUAUUUGAAUAAAUUUAACAUUCUUUAAAAAAAAGAGCUAGAGUAAAUGCUUGGUUUUGCCUGUAGAGAAUCAUCAUCUUUUGUUGGUGAAUGGUGAUGCAGGACAGUGACCAUGGAGGAAGAUAGAAAAUGAAGGCAUGAAAGCUAAGCUAGGAAACUGUGUGUUGUUUUUGUCUUCUGCGUUUGUGUAAAACGUCAUGCAUUUUAUGUUUUGAAGUUCAGGGACAGCACGAAGUUGGUUACAGUUUUAUAAGGAAACCUUUACUUUUUCAAUAUAAUGCAUGUUUUUAAAUUUAACUAAGAACCAAUCAUGUUGAAAUCAUUAAUAACAAAAUUACAAUAAUUACAAGAGAUAUAAAUUAAAAUAAACAAAUGAUAAUUGUGUAAUCGGUUAUAUUAUAAAAAUAAGCAUUAUUGUAUUCAUUAACAUGCAUUUUUAUUUACGUUGAAACGUUGACUGCUGGAAACUAGUGCUAUGAGCCUAUGAUGUUGUUACAAAUAUAUUUUAGGAGAAUUCAUACUAUUUGUUGAAAAUAGAAAGAACUCUUUAUAAUGUAAAGUAGUUUCGAGAAUAUAUUAACAAUACGUAUCUAAAAAUACCUUUUUUCGUUUUUACCGAAAGAAAAGGUGUUACAAAUCAGUGGUCGAUAGAAACUUGAUCCUUUGAUCAGCUAAGUUUUAGGAUAAUCGUUUAUUCGUAUAACACCAAUCGUUGAAUUUGAGAGGAGAAACUUAGACCGCAAGCAAGAAGCCUUUCUCUUCUCUUGACCUUGAGAAUAAUUCCUCUGCCUUGAGUUGCACUCUGCCGACGAUGGCUCCACCGUACUCGUCAGACGAUAGCCAUUCUCCGGUAAACUCAACAGUGAUUGCCAUUGACAAAGAGAAGCAUAGCCAUUACGCGGUUCGUUGGGCCGUCGACCAUCUAGCCAAUACCAUUCACAACCCACUCAUCAUUCUUCUUCAUGUUCGUCUCAAAAGUUCAAAUUAUGGAGGGAAUGGAGCCAGUGAUGACCUGAACCAGCUUUUCAUUCCAUAUCGAGGAUAUUGUGCACGCAAAGGGAUUUCCAUGUCGGAGGCUGUUAUAGACGAUUCGGACGUGGCGAAAGCAAUAUUGGAGUAUGUUAAUAGCAACCUGGUUAACAAUCUUGUGUUGGGAGCAUCCGCCAAGAACACAUACACAUUUGCUAGGUCUCUUAUGUUUAGUAAACACCACGACGUGCAAGGUGCCAUAAUGAAAUCGAUACCUGAUUUUUGUUCAGUCUACGUAAUAUCCAAAGGAAAAGUUCAGUCUUCUCGACCAGCUCAAAGACCUAUCACCAACACACUUGCACCUCCUCGUGUACCCUCCUCUGGCUUUCUAAUCCAGUCGUUAUCGGAUAGCGAGCAAGAUCCUGUGCCUACCGGCCAACGUAGUGCAAGGAGAAAACCUACAGAGAUAUACCCACACAAUCGUACCCCCACCAACCCCACGCAAGAAAGGCACAAAGCCCCUAUAAAUGGGUCGAUGGAUUUUAACAAUGCCUUUACCCAAGUUGCGUUCCAAAGGAAUCCCACGAUACAAAGUUCCUUUUCUGACGAAUCUGAAGGUGGUAUGAGGGGCUCUAUUGAUGUAUCUUCUCAUAAUUCAGAUGUAUAUGGCGCAUCAUGUUCUUCAGACGAGUCAAAUGCUCAAACAACCAAAGAUAUUGAAGCUGAAAUGAGAAGGCUGAAGCUUGAACUAAAGCAAACUAUGGAUAUGUAUAGCUCAGCUUGUAAAGAAGCACUUACAGCAAAAAGAAAGGCAAACGAGCUAAACCAGUGGAAAAUAGAAGAAGCUCUUAAGUUCGAGAAAGCCAAGCUAUCUGAAGAAGCAGCAUUGGCAGUGGCAGAAAUGGAGAAGGCAAAGUGCAGAACGGCCUUAGAGGCAGCUGAGAAAGCUCAGAGAAUGGCGGAGCUAGAAGGACAAAGAAGAAAGCAAGCAGAGAUAAAAGCAAGAAAUGAAUCAGAGGAUAAAGACCGUGCAAUGAAUGCUUUAGCACACAACGAUGUUCGUUACAGAAGAUACUCCAUAGAAGAGAUCGAAGAAGCCACAGAGAACUUUGCAAAUCACAGAAAAAUUGGAGAAGGAGGUUAUGGACCUGUGUACAAAGGCGAACUUGACCACACUCCUGUUGCCAUUAAAGUCUUGAGACCAGAUGCUGCUCAAGGAAAAAAACAAUUUCAACAAGAGGUUGAAGUUCUAAGUAGCAUAAGGCAUCCUCACAUGGUCCUUCUCCUUGGUGCAUGUCCAGAAUAUGGAUGCUUGGUUUACGAGUUAAUGGAAAAUGGGAGCUUAGAGGACAUACUCAUCCGGAGAGGAAACUCUAAACCGCUUUCUUGGAGGAAACGUUUCGAAAUAGCGGCAGAGAUUGCUACCGCCCUCUCAUUCCUCCAUCAAGCUAAACCAGAACCUCUAGUUCACCGCGACCUCAAACCGGCCAACAUACUCCUAGACAAAAACUACGUGAGCAAGAUCAGUGACGUUGGUUUAGCACGAUUAGUCCCUGCGUCAGUAGCUAAUAACGUCACGCAAUACCACAUGACAUCUGCGGCAGGAACAUUCUGUUACAUAGACCCUGAGUAUCAACAGACAGGAAUGUUAACCACAAAAUCAGACAUAUACUCGUUGGGGAUAAUGCUGCUUCAGAUCAUUACCGCAAGGCCUCCCAUGGGGCUGGCCCACCAUGUCUCGAGGGCGAUCAGUAGAGGAACUUUAAAGGACAUGCUUGACCCGACCGUGCCCGAUUGGCCUCUACAAGAGGCUCAAGCUUUUGCAGCUAUGUCGUUGAGAUGCGCUGAGCUUAGAAAAAGAGAUAGACCGGAUCUUGGGAAGGAUGUUGUCCCACUACUUAUUCGAUUAAAGAACUUAGGUAAUGAUGCUGGUUUAACUCGUGCUGAUGAAAGCUAACGUAUGGAUAUGACAAAGAACUUUGUACAUUCAAACAUAUGAUUUGAGAUGUUUUUUAUUUAUAAAUUUAAUGUUAAAUUAAAUAUAAUGGCUUGUGUUAGAAUUCGAACCAAGUGUCUCUCAUAUUCCUCGUUAGUUUAUCUUUAUGUUUUCACAACAUACCAAUAUCAUGUUGACGUUCAGGUUGAUUUUUAAGUGGAGACAUGUAAUAGUGUGAAGUUAUGAACCCAUAAAACAUCCAUAAUGGAAGAAACAAGAGACCGCACACAUACUAUAGUUUUAACCGAUACAACACUCUUCUCUUACUAAAUGGUACAGGCGUACCGUUACAAGGCCAGUUCUGUUAUA